CAGCGUUAGCGGGAGUCUCACCGGUUAUUCGCGGGUUAUCUUGCUGAGAGGGGACCGAGUCCUCUGACUUUGUGGAGAAGAUCAAGUUGUAGCUGCUGUUUCUUUCUGGAAGCGAUUACCAUCCCGGUUGUGGAGGAUGCAUGUGAUAAAGCGAGAUGGACGCCAGGAGCGCGUCAUGUUCGACAAAAUCACCUCUCGCAUCCAGAAGCUUUGUUACGGACUGAACUCCGACUUCGUGGAUCCAACUCAGAUCACAAUGAAGGUGAUUCAGGGUUUGUACAGCGGCGUCACCACCGUGGAGCUGGACACGCUGGCGGCCGAGAUCGCUGCCACUCUCACCACUAAACACCCCGACUAUGCCAUCCUCGCUGCGCGGAUCGCCGUCUCAAACCUGCACAAAGAAACGAAGAAGAUAUUCAGUGACGUGAUGGAGGACCUGUACAACUACGUCAACGUUCUGAACGGACGCCACUCCCCGAUGAUCUCAAAGGAGACGCUUGACAUCGUCCUGGAGAACAAAGACCGCCUCAACUCAGCCAUUAUUUACGACAGAGAUUUCUCCUACAACUUCUUCGGGUUCAAGACCCUGGAACGCUCCUACUUGCUGAAGAUCAGCGGCAAAGUUUCAGAGCGCCCGCAGCACAUGCUCAUGAGGGUGUCGGUCGGGAUCCAUGGGACCGACAUCGACGCCGCCAUCGAGACCUACAACCUGCUGUCGGAGAGAUGGUUCACCCACGCCUCUCCAACACUCUUCAACGCUGGAACCAACAGGCCACAGCUGUCCAGCUGCUUCCUGCUCGCCAUGAAAGACGACAGCAUCGAAGGCAUUUACGACACACUAAAGCAAUGCGCCCUAAUCUCCAAAUCUGCCGGCGGCAUCGGCGUGGCGGUCAGCUGCAUCAGAUCCACCGGGAGUUACAUCGCCGGCACCAACGGCAACUCCAACGGGCUUGUCCCCAUGCUGAGGGUGUACAACAACACCGCGCGCUACGUGGAUCAGGGCGGCAACAAGAGACCCGGAGCUUUUGCCAUGUACAUCGAGCCGUGGCACUUUGAUAUCUUUGACUUCCUGGAGCUGAAGAAGAACACAGGAAAGGAAGAGCAGAGAGCCAGAGAUCUCUUCUACGGCCUGUGGAUCCCCGACCUGUUCAUGAAGAGAGUGGAGAGCAACCAAGACUGGUCUCUGAUGUGUCCGAACGAGUGUCCCGGUCUGGACGAGUGCUGGGGGGAGAAGUUUGAGGAGCUCUACACCCGAUAUGAGAGGGAGGGGAAGGUGAAGCGCACCGUGAAGGCUCAGCAAGUGUGGUACGCCAUCAUCGAGUCCCAGACAGAAACCGGCACGCCGUACAUGCUGUACAAAGAUGCUUGCAACAAAAAGAGCAACCAGCAGAAUCUCGGCACCAUCAAGUGCAGCAACCUCUGCACAGAAAUCGUAGAGUACACCAGCGACGACGAGGUAGCGGUCUGCAAUCUGGCGUCCAUCGCUCUCAACAUGUACGUCACCCCAGAACGGACUUACGACUUCAAAAAACUGGCAGCUGUGACAAAAGUAAUUGUCAAAAACCUGAACAAAAUCAUCAACAUCAAUUACUACCCAGUGCCUGAAGCGGAGAACUCCAACAAGCGCCACAGGCCCAUUGGAAUCGGCGUCCAGGGAUUAGCCGACGCCUUCAUCAUGAUGCGUCACCCGUUUGAAAGCGCCGAGGCUCAGCUGCUAAACAUCCACAUCUUCGAGACCAUCUACUACGCUGCACUGGAGGCCAGCUGUGAGCUGGCGGCCGAACUCGGCCCCUACGAGACGUACGAGGGCUGCCCCGUCAGCAAAGGCGUCCUUCAGUACGACAUGUGGGACAAGACGCCCACAGACCUGUGGGACUGGAAGCUGCUGAAGGAGAAGAUCGCCAAACACGGCGUGAGAAACAGCCUGCUCUUGGCCCCGAUGCCCACGGCCUCCACGGCCCAGAUCCUGGGCAACAACGAGUCUAUCGAAGCCUACACCAGCAACAUCUACACCCGCAGGGUGCUCUCUGGAGAGUUCCAGAUCGUUAACCCUCACCUGCUCAAAGACCUGACGGAGAGGGGGCUGUGGAACGAGGAGAUGAAGAACAAGCUGAUCGCCAACAACGGGUCCAUCCAGGAAAUCGCUGAGAUCCCUGACGACCUGAAGCAGCUGUAUAAAACGGUGUGGGAAAUCUCUCAGAAGACCAUCCUGAAGAUGGCUGCCGACCGCGGCGCCUACAUCGACCAGAGCCAGUCCCUGAACAUUCACAUCGCAGAACCAAACUAUGGAAAACUAACCAGCAUGCACUUCUUUGGCUGGAAACAAGGUUUGAAGACGGGGAUGUACUACCUGAGGACGAAGCCGGCCGCCAACCCCAUCCAGUUCACCCUGAACAAGGAGAAGCUGAAGGAGGCGGAGCCGACGCCGACCAAGAGCCCAGAGCACGACAAAGAGAGAAACACGGCGGCCAUGGUGUGUUCUCUGGAGAACAGAGAAGACUGCAUGAUGUGCGGCUCGUAGACCGUCCUGUCCACCCCGACGCGCUUCCUAAACACGUCUUAGUGACUUGAGAACAAGCCCCUGAUGCUUCCAUGACAGUUAACUUUGCCUCUGAUUGAGUGCAUGUUUUGGCACUUGUCAGAAUGUAUAGGAUUUAUUUUAUUGAAACUAAUGUUGAUUUGCAUACGAUGCAGAAUAAUUACAAAUGUAUUUUAUGUGAAAUAAAAUAAUUUUGUCAGAG